CGGCAAAACACCAUCGUCUGAGUUUAUCAAUACCAACUCCAAUUGGCUCAAAUUGGAGUGCAGCUGCAUUUCUUUGAUCGACUCUUGGAAAGGAAGGGGGAUCGACGAUCAGUUUCGAAAAACGUCAUCUCCCCGCGAUGAAAUCACCCCAGGGUGUCUCGAUGAGAUACGCGCAGGUUUCGUUUGCUAUGGAAUUGGCUAUCAACGGAAGCACGAGAUUUUGACAAUUAGAAUCUUCCUCUUGUCCUUGUCUAUCCUCAUUUUCAAUUGACAAUCCCCAAGUUUGGUGGAAAUCUUUCCCACCCAACAGUCUCCAACUCAACCGUCGCGUCAAUGACCCUGUCCAAAUUCCUUCGCUUUGCUAAGUGUAGGCUAUCUAUGCUUACUCGCCAGGAUGAGUAUUCAUUCCCUCGACUACGCGCAAACAGCGGAACAGCCGUCGAGCCCUACACACCCCGAAGAUAUCGAAGCGCAGCGACCAACCAGCCGAGCGAUUUCACCAAAGACCACGGAAGCACCUUCUGACUCCCCUGAUACUACUACGACCUUCACAACAGCGACCAAGAUCAACUCUCGCGAUACAAUAAAACAUCGUGGACGGAGGAAUACGGCUCGAUCAUACCAUCCCGACAGUGUCGUCCCCGACCCAAAUUGGCUUCCUGGAACAGAGCCAGGACUUGACCCGACCAAACCGCUCCCUCCCUACACUUCAGAUUGGGUGUCACCUAUACCGUCAGACCUACACAGAAAAUGUGAAAUAAUCGUGGUAGACUUUUCGCAAAAUGAAAUGCGACAGUAUGAGUUGGACAAUGAGACCUUAGGGCCGUUUCUCGCCAAGGAGAGAGAGCCAUGGGUACAAUGCAGAUGGAUCAAUGUCAAUGGUCUCAGCUGGGAUGUAAUUCGGAUACUGGGAAAUCAUAAGCGACUACACAGAUUGGCGAUCGAAGAUUUGAUAAACACAACAAAUCGUACCAAAGCCGAUUGGUACUCGGACCACGCGUACGUUGUGCUCACACUACAAAAACUGGUCAAGCUGCAAGAAGAUACCAGCGACUCGGAGGAUGAAGAAGAGGACGGAAAACAAGGCACUUGGCCCCAUAGGAGAAGCUCAGUCUCAAGCGAAAAGACGGCUUUCUCUCGAAAGAAACUUGGCAAAUGGGACGUUAUUCUUGAAGCUUUGAAAGACCUUUUCAGGCCAAAAAUGCCCAAGAAAGAAAAGAAGAGCAAGGGUACCGUCGGGGCCAGUAUUCGUCCAGGGGGGAAGGAGAAGACAACCCAAUUUGGCGACAUCUCUCGCCCAAAACCACCUGCUCGCAGCGUUCAACGUUACCGGGGUGGUCCCAAUGAAGACCGAAUCGGGUUUAUGGAGCGCCAUGCUGUUUUGGCGUCAAAGGGUCUCUGCGCUACACUGGAGCAGGUAUCAAUAUUUUUACACGCAGACAAUACAGUGACGUCCUUUUUUGAGACCAGUGCCGACGAUAUCGAGGCUCCCAUAGUGAGGCGUCUCAGUUCCCCCGAGACAAUUCUACGCCAGUCCUGCGACGCAAGCAUGCUUCUGCAAGCCAUUCUAGACGCCAUUAUUGAUCUUGCGAUACCGGUAACCAUGGCUUAUCAAGACGCAAUAGGAGACCUGGAGCUUGAAGUCUUGACUGACCCGGACGUCGAUCAAUCCAAAAGUCUUUAUAUCUUAACAUCCGAGAUUGCAAUUCUCCGGAACUUCAUGCAGCCAAUAGUGACCGUGAUCAAUGCGCUUCGUGACCAUAGACCCCAAAAUGUCAGCACCACAGGCUUUGGCGCUUUCAAAACCCCUGGGACGAUGACUCCUUAUUUCGCGGCCGGGUCUUCUGAGACGCCACCAAAUGCAGACAUUACCCCCCCAAACCUCAAAAACUUAAUGGGAUCGAGCGUGAAUAUCAGCCAUAUGUGCCAUACAUACUUGGGCGAUGCUCUGGACCACUGUAUCAUGAUUGUUGAGGGAUACGACCAGAUGAGACGUGCUGCCGACAACAUGAUUGAUUUGAUAUUCAACACAAUUGGUAUUUCUUAGCACCGUUGACUUUGGACUCUGCUGACCUUUAUGAUGUUUAGGUGCUUAUCAGAACGAAAGUAUGAAGCAACUUACUCUCGUGACGUGUCUCUAUCUCCCUAUGACAUUCUUGACGGUAGGCUUGGUUGGGCUCUUCAGGGGAACUGCAAACUAACCCAAAUGUAGGGCUAUUUUGGAAUGAACUUUGAAACAUUUUCUGGUAUCCAACACAGUGAUUCGUAUGUCCACUGAUUCGAAGAGCAACGGCAGGGCCUUGUGUCAUACUGACUAGUUUGAUUAGAUAUUUCUGGAAAAUUGCGAUACCAUUCGUUUUUGCGACUACAUUGUUACUGAUGUAACUUGCUCUAUACUCCCCCUUUAUGUGAAAGCUACUAACAUUAUGACUAGGCGUGAUAAAAUCAAACGUUAUGUGGUGUUGCUCGCUCAGAGACGUCUGAUAACGAG